UUGAGUUGUCAAGAUGGCGGCGGCCACAAUUGAAACAUGCCAUGUAGCUUGUUGUGCAAACAGGACACCAAAUGUUGUUUCGUGGAGUCGAAGGGGGACUAUUGCAUUUGGAACAUGUAAUUCAGUGGCUCUGUACGACCCUCAGGAAAGAAAAGUCGUGGCUUUGCUGAGUGGACAUACGAACAGAGUGAAUGCAGUCCAGUGGGUUCACAGAGAGGACUAUGGUCCAGAGCGUCACCUGGUCUCUGCAGGCUCAGAUCAUCGACUCAUUGUCUGGGAAGCUCAAAAUGAAACGUUCAUCCAGUCAGUGGAGUGUAAGGGCCAUACUGGUCCGGUUUGUGCUGUGGAUGCCAUCUAUAUGGACAAUUCACAGAUCCUGGUGGUUUCCUCAGCGUCUGACUCCACAGUCAGACUGUGGCUCUGUACUGAAGGCAAAGAAGCUGAGUGCCUCCAUACGUUAUCAUUUGGCAGCGGUUUCAUGAUGGAUGUCUCUCUGGCGCGGUUGCCAGGCAGCAGAGUUCCCAUACUGGCCUGCGGGGGUGAUGACUCACGGGUGCAUCUGUAUGUGCAGUCCCACGGACAGCUUCACAAAGCCAUGUGCCUGCAAGGACACGAAGACUGGGUUCGUGGGGUGGAAUGGGCAUCUAUAGGUGGGGAGCUGUUAUUAGCCAGCUGUUCACAGGACUGUCUCAUCAGAGUGUGGAGGCUGUGCGCCAAGUCUGGGACAGACGCCCGCCCAGAGGACGAUCACACCGUCAUCAAAAUGAAAGAGGACGUUUUUGAAGUGAAGGAAAAAGAUGUGUCCUCUGUGUUUGCGCUGUCUCUUGAGACCGUCUUGGCCGGACAUGAGAACUGGGUCUAUGGAGUCCACUGGCAGCCUCCUUUCUAUAGAGGCGAUGAGCUGCAACAGCCUCUCAGUCUGCUCUCGGCUUCCAUGGAUAAGACCAUGAUCCUCUGGGCCCCUGAGGAGGGAUCUGGAGUCUGGGUGGAGCAGGUGCGUGUAGGAGAGGUUGGUGGUAACACUCUGGGUUUCUAUGGCUGCCAGAUGAGUGUGGAUGGAUCCAUGAUUGUGGCUCAUGCUUUUAAUGGAGCGCUGCAUCUCUGGUGUAAAGACCAGGACCGGAAGGGGGAAUGGAGGCCUGGCGUCGUCAUAUCAGGUCACUUUAAUGCGGUCCAAGACCUGAGCUGGGACCCUGAGGGUGAGUUCAUCCUCAGUGUGGGUGCAGACCAGACCACCAGACUCUUCACUCCAUGGAGGAAACAUGACAGCCAACAGGCGACCUGGCACGAAAUCUCGAGGCCGCAGAUCCACGGGUACGACAUGCAGUGUUUGGCCACGGUCGGCAGAUUUCAGUUCGUGUCUGGAGCCGAUGAGAAGGUCCUGCGUGUUUUCCAGGCUCCUCGUAACUUUGUGGAGAACUUCGCAAACAUCUCUGGGACCUCGAAAGAACAGCUGUUGACGUCCAGUGACUCUGCCAACCUUCCAGAAGGAGCCAGCACACCUGCCCUGGGUCUAUCAAACAAGGCCGUAUUUCAAGGUGACCUGGUCCAGAAAACCUGUGAGGAUGAGAAGCAGUUCAACAGUGUCUCUGAUCAAUACCAGGAGUCCUACUUCCACCCGCUCAACAUGACUGAGCCUCCGCCUGAGGAUCAUCUUCUCCAGAACACACUGUGGCCUGAGGUCCAGAAACUGUACGGCCACGGCUUUGAGAUGUUCUGUCUCGCUUCGGACAGCGCCAGGACAGUGGUGGCAUCUGCGUGCAAGGCGUCUAAGGCAGAGCAUGCGUCUAUCCUGCUGUGGAGUACAUCUACGUGGCGGCAGCUGCAGACUUUACCGUACCACACCCUCACUGUCACUCAGAUGGCCUUCUCUCCAGAUGCUCAACACCUACUGGCCGUUUCACGCGAUCGCACUUGGUCUUUAUGGAGACGUCACCCAACCACACCUGACAAUCCAGAACCCCAGUUUUCUCUGUACGCGCACACGGAGAAGGACACGUCCAUUCACAGCAGGAUCAUCUGGUCAUGUGACUGGAGCCCGGAUGGGAAGUACUUUGUGACAUCCAGUCGGGACAAAAAGGUGAUAGUCUGGGGCAGUUUAGAGGAUGCUGCAGACCCUGGACUCCCUCCUGAGAUUAAACCUCGCUCCUCCAUCUUGGAUGUAGGCGAUUCGGCCACAGCUGUAGCCUUCUGCCCUGUACUCUGCUCUGAUAACAGGUGAAACAUAUACAAGAUA